AUGUAAUAAUAUUCACCAAGAGCAAUUAUUUGGAUGACAUAUCUAAAUUAUUUACCAUAAGAUCAAGCUUAAUAGUUGCUAUUCCUUAAAAAAUAAUAACAACUCUACAAUUCUUAUUUAGAUGAAUUCAUCAAAACAGAACACUUAGAGAUUUUCAAUAUUUUGAACAAUAUAGACUCUGAUCAGAAUUCCCUCAGUUUUAGUGAAUUUUUGAACAUAAAGACUCAAGUUAUCAAUUCAUCUAUGGAUUAUAAUGAAUAUAUCCAAAAUGAACAUCUAUAUGAACUUAUAGAAAAAGACGUUCCGUAUCUUAUUAAACUAUCUUUUUAGUCGAACUUUACCAAAUUAAUCAAUCUUAAAAGAACAAACAAAUGCCAAGUUCUCUUAUUACUUCUUUACUGACUAAUAUAAAAGAAGAAAAUAAUAAAGUAAUACAUUUCCCACUCAUUCAGAUAUUCUUAUUAGAAUAUUAUAUAUUUAUGGUAAACUUAACCCAGCCAUUAAAUAUAUGUAAGGAAUGAGUGAUCUUCUAGCCCCAUUGUAUUUAAUCAUCAAAAAUGAAGCAGACACAUUCUUUUGUUUUACUAAAAUUAUGGCUCAACUUAAAGAUGCAUAUAUUUCUACACUUGAUUUUACUAACACUGGAAUUAGAGGAUUAUUAUUAAAAUUUGAAAAACAAUUCCAAUAAAAAGAACCAAAAUUAUACAAUUAUUUACAUAAUCUUGGUAUUCACCCAUAUAUGUAUGGUUACAGAUGGAUUAUCACUUGUAUGACACGUGAAUUCUAUCUAGAUUAAAUCUAUUAAAUUUGGGAUCUAAUGUUACAUGAUCGUAAUAUGCAUGAUUUCAUUAUUAAAUUUGCUAUUGCAAUUCUUAAAUACUUAAAACCCUAGUUAAUUCAAGCUGAUUUUAAAUUGGCUUUUGAUAUUUUGAUAUACAGCGAGAAAGAUGUUAAUCAAAUUCUCAAUUUUAUGUGA